GUGGACGAUCGUUUACCAACAUCAGGCGGCAAAUUAGUGUACAUGAAUUCCAGAGAGAAUAACGAAUUUUGGAGUGCCCUAUUGGAAAAAAGUUAUGCAAAAUUGUAUGGAUCGUAUGAGGCGUUGAAAGGUGGUUAUUCAUCAGAGGCGUUAGAGGAUAUGACUGGUGGAUUAACGGAGUUCUAUAAUUUGCAAAAGUCGCCUAAAAAUCUCAAGGAAAUGCUGCUUGGUUUUGAAAUGGGAUCGCUGUUCGGAUGUAGCAUCAAGGGUGUAGGAGAAACGUCGAGCGGAUUGAUAAAAAGUCACGCAUACAGUAUCACUGGUAUCUGCGUGGUGAAGGAUCCCACAGACACCAAGAAAGAUAAUCUACUCUUACGUCUUCGUAAUCCAUGGGGUGAUAAACACGAAUGGAAUGGAGCCUGGUCAGAUCAAUCGCCUGAAUGGAAGAGUAUAUCGCAACAGGACAAAGAUAAGUUGGGACUGAAAAUCGAACAUGAUGGAGAAUUUUGGUUCGUUUUACGACUUAAUUAA